AUGAAGUGCGAUGGCUAUCCCCCGCCCAAACCUCCCAAACCGCCUCGAAAAAGGACAAAGGCCAAGACAGUAUCAGUCAAGUUGGUUCCCAUACCACUGGGGACGUCUAUUCACGAUGUCCCUUCAUUGACCAGCCACGAGUGCCAGUACUUUCAGCAUUUCUUACAACUCACAUCAACGCAGCUCUCACUUUCUGCUGAAUCAACCAACUUCUGGAUCACAUUUGUUCUCCCCUUGGGACACAAGCAUGAGUCCAUCCGAUACAGCGUGGCUGCCGUCGGCGCCUCGCAUCGGCUGUUCAUGGCUCGGGCAAAUGGUCACCCAAACAUCAGUGAAAUACAGAACUUCAUGAUUCAGCAGUAUAACAAGGCAAUCUCCUCCAUUAUCCCAAAUAUGACACAAAGCUGCACUGAGAACUUGCACGUUGUCUUGAUCUGCUGUCUACUCUUCAUCUCCUUUGAAGGUCUCACUGGCCGGUAUGACGAAUUCAUAAAACACCUUCGCGCAGGUUCAGCAUUGUUCAACUCCAAAUUGCCAUCCUCCACUUUUGAAGACCGUAUGAUAACCGAAAAACUGGCUGAAAUGUUUUGUCGGCUCCAAGUUGAGUCUGCCAACUUCAUGCCAAUUAAUGAAGGGGCCUCUGGAGUAGAGAGGUGGUAUCGGAACAACGCAAUCCAAGGCUCACAUACGGUCGUCCCAUUCAAUAGUCUCAACGAGGCAUCUCUUAUGUUGCGGCAGUUGGACGUUCUGCAGGACGAGAAGCCCUGGCAUUACGAGGGCAGUGAUGAAGUCGACAAAGGGCGUCUCAUGGCCGAAGCAAGUCAGAAAUUGCAAACGUCUUUGGACGAGUGGACUGCACGGCUGGAUGCAUUCUGUAGUCUCAGGGCAGAAGGAUUGUCGGCAAGGGAGGAACAGCAAUACGAUAAUUUAUCUCUGCGUCAAAAGUAUUGGCAAAUGGUGAUCGAUUCUUACGAAGGAAUGAGUGGCAAGGCAGGUCCAAGUCCAAAAUUGUUUGAGCCUUUCCUAGUAGCAGCUCGAAAAGCAGCAGCUCCUAUCAUUGCACUUCAGCAACCGACAUACUCGCUUGAAGGAGAUCUCAUAUCCGGUCUGACUUUUAUCGCAUCGAGUGCAGAAGAUGAAGAAGUCAAGGUACAGGCACUUGAUCUGCUUUGGAGAUUGAAUCGUCGUGAAGGACUCUUGGAUAGUCGCGAUGUUGUCGAGAUGCAUGAGCUGUCCAGGGCUCUUUCACAACUGACAGUGACACCAACGGUGGACGAGCAUUGGAAGCCCAAGGCGGCGGCUGGAAUACCCUCGAUUAUCGAGACAUUGAGGAAAUAUCUCGAAGCAUGA